UUAUAUUUUGUUUUAAAUAACAUGAAUUAAUGUUUAUUUUCAAACAAUAUUCGUAUUAUGUAAAUCUAAUUUAAUCAAUGGUGCACCAAAAAAACAAAACAACAGAAACAUGCACCCUAGAAACGAUCACAUAUCGCGAAUAUAUUUCUGUGUGGCAUAGUCAGCGUUAAGAAGUUCAUUUCUAGUUCAGGACUUUUUCCACUAUGGUGUUUAGCUGGAUUUUUACUUCGCUUGUGUGUGUUUUAACAGUCGGCUGGGCCCGGUCUGCAUGCGACCAGAGUACUUUGAACAGUGAAGCGACGCAGAACUGUGUCAAAGGUUUCUAUAACUAUAUCAGCCAGGUAAUGAGUUCCGUGUCGGAUCCCAGGGAGAUUGCCACCAUUUUCUGCUCGGCGGAGGGUCAGAGCGUUAUUGAAUGCAUGUUUCCCCUAAUGGAGCAGUGUCCGGAACUCAUGGCGAACAUGGGAGAUGGGGCGAUGGCGAUGCCCUCUCAGGCAGAUCUGCUGAAGGCCUGCAGUCAGAUUCCUUCCGGCCUUUGUUUGACAGCAAUGACGUGCGUAUCCAACGCUUCUCAUGCGGCUCGCAUGGGUAUUGACGAAAACUUUAGACCAGCUAACAACCUGACCUUCCUCCUUCCAUAUAUGGGAUUGUACUGCGGGCCCGUAAAGGAGCAGUUCGACUGUUUAACACCAGAAGUGGAGGAACAGUGUCAAAACCACACUGACCAGAUUAAGCAGAUGAUUCCCAUGUUAAACGCCGACAUGCAGUACGACACCCUAAAACUGCAUAUCAGAAAUGGAUGUAAAGACGUCCCAAAAGACAUCGGUACCAACAAAUGUGUAAAAGACCAUUUCGAAUCGGCGGCAUUUAUGGAGUGUAUGUCAAAAGUGAAAACCGACUACAAAACUGAAGUUGAGAUGAAGAGCUGUGGAGCCUCGGAUGCCCGCCUUAUGUGCCUCAAAGAAUCCGUCGAGAAGCCAUGUGGUAAAAGGUAUUACACCGCCCUAGCCACCAACGCAGACUAUUUUCUCUCGAGCAACCUUUUCACGUGUGACCGUUCCAUGAGCACAGCCCCGGUCGUCCGACUGUCUGCCGCAGCUUCGCUUGUAGCUGUAUUAGCUGCCCUUCUUUUGUAAACUCAUUGGUGCAUUUCGAUGUUUGAAUACAAAGGUGUAUCCGUACUAAAAACGUUUUGCAAUCUGACAUCAAGCAUAGUGAUCAUGAAUCAUCUGUUUAGGAUUUGUAAACAUAUUAUUUUAAUCAGAUUUACAUUCAGGUCUUGAAAUGUGCUCGUUUCGACUAGUUGGGUUUUAGUUUUUAACAAUUUGAAACUCUUUAUGUACUCAAGGUUAUGGAUCAGGGUUAAACAGGGUUAAAAUAUUUGGAAACACUAAGAUUUUCUAAAAUUUGGGAUUUUUGUUUCUAUUUGGUGAUGACAUUGAUUAGCUGGAAAAAUGGAGUUUGUGUCUGACAUUUUGAAAACGUUAUUGUAAGGAUAGAGAACCCGAAGCCUUCAGUUAUUCAAAAUCUGUGAAUUGGCCACAAAUCUAGGUUUCAAAUAGAAUAUGAUAUACUUAUCAAACGGAUAAUCUAACGACCACUGUUAAUACUGUUAAAUACGUAUAUUCUAGUCAACAAAUCAAGUCCGGUCAACUCUCAAAUGCAUGUAGAACAUCAAACUAUUAAGGUCGAUAAUACGGACACUGCAGUUAAGAUUCUAACGUUUAAAUUAAAUAUGUUAACAAACGUGGUAAAUAAUGAUUGUAAUAUUUAUUGCUGCAUUUCAGCUUGGAUUGUUUCUAAUAUUGCCUUCCAAUGUGUGAUCGAUUCGAAGUGUAUAAUUGUUAUUUCAAUGGCCAUUUCAAAUAUGUGUAGUUUAUACAUCGUAUUUUUGAAUGAUAUAAAUGAUAAAUCUGUAUCCUAAUUGCUUUGUAUGCCAACUAUAAAUACCAAUGGCAUUAUAUUCCUCUUACAUCAGAGAGGGUUUAGUAUACAAACAAAUAAGAGAUUAACAUAUAUAUAAAGAACCCUACGCUACAGGCUUGAAGUAAACAAACAUAAGUGAAAAAGGAAUUGUUUUUAAAAAAGAUUGUCCUCAGAGUGCCAUUUUUCCAGAAACAUGUGAAGGAUUGACGUGUGUCGAAGUUGGUGUGUUAUAGAAGAAAUGCAUUGAUUAUUAAUGGUUGAGUGAGGUUUUUAGGAAAAUAAAGACGAACAUUCCGAAUUGAUACGGACAAAUAUAUUUUAUAUGAUUGUUAACAAUGACCUUUUGUCUACUGCAAGCCUGCGAACGUGGUCUUAAUUCCAUGAGAAGAAGACGUUGGUAACUAAGAAAGGACAUAGUUUCCAAUGAAAUCAAUGGUUUUCAUAGUUGUUAAGGCCUAGUUUAAGCAUUCCUAAAGUGAUCCCCCUCCAUGUAUGGAACACAACUUCUGUUUAUUGAUCUUAAUCUUUAUUGCCUUGUGCUGUCGAUCUGAGUGUCAUGCUGUGCAGUUCUAAAGGUUUUAUUAUAGAAAUGAGCAAUAUAUUUUGUCUUUUA